GUUUUGUCGCUGGUGUAAACGUCAUCACUCAGCGACAUAGUAGUGUGUUUUUCUAGCUCCCUCUCGCUUUUUCUUUUAAAUAAAGCUCUAUAAAGGUUUUUGGACCAAAGUAGGAUUUAUCGUAAAUGAUCCGUUUUUGAUUUCAUUGUUCUUGGAAACAUAUAUCGGUGCAAAAAACCAAAAACAACCUGUCCGGAAGUUGAUUCAGUGAUUGUAAACACACAUGGUUCGCUUGCUCAAUUAUGCCAAAGCUCUUCGAUAUAAAGUUCCCGGGAGGAUGUAAGAGUCUCCCCGAUGGCUUCUGGUCAGCCGUAGACGUGUGGAUAAAGAAACCUCAUGUUGUAAACAAGCGUCUUUGCGGAGUUAAAGAGACAGACAGCAAAGAUGCGGACCAAGACGACCUACGGCUCCUGCUGCAUGAUCCUGAACUCUUCACAGAUGUGCUGCUCUUCAUGAUCAGUGGGGCCUCACCUGCCCACGAACCCGACAAACCAUGGUCCUCCAGCGUCAGGACAUUUAUUCCCAAAGUAAACUGUUAUGGGACAAACCUGCAUAAAGAAAUAAUUCUGAAAGACUUUGGUAGACAUCGAGUGACCUUUAUUCCAUUUGAAGAGGAUGCAGAGGGAAAAGUGUCGCUGAGGAAAGGCAACAUUUAUCAGAUUCAACUCUGUAAUCAGGACUGUGAGGAAUGGUCCCUGGAGUUGUGUGCGCUGUCGGUCGAUUCCUGGUUCUCUGAUGGCGUCGCCUACCCCAAGCUGCCCUGGCUGUCCUCUGACCUGCUGCCUAAACUGGUGCGCUGGGCCACCGAGUGCAGGAGUAGCGAGUUCAGGAACACGUUGUCUCUGCUGCCAGUGGAGAAGUACAGCCUCAUGUACCAACAGCUGAAGGACAAGUACAAGGCCAUGGUGAAGGUUUGGCCUGAGGUUACAGAUCCUGAAAAGUUUGUCUAUGAGGAUGUUGCUAUUGCUACGUAUCUCCUGGUGCUGUGGGCUGAGGAGAGAGCAGAGAAAGGUCUGACUGCCAGGCAGUCCUUUGUGGACCUCGGCUGUGGAAAUGGCCUCUUGGUUCACAUUCUGACCAAUGAAGGGCACCCUGGAAGGGGCAUCGAUGUUCGCAGGAGGAAGAUCUGGGACAUGUACGGCCCCCAGACUCUGCUGGAGGAAAAGGCAAUUACUCCCAGCGAGAGCUUCUUAUUCCCGGGUACAGACUGGCUGAUUGGGAACCAUUCGGACGAGCUCACACCGUGGAUCCCCGUUAUAGCAGCCAGGUCGUCUUAUUCCUGCCGCUACUUUGUCCUCCCCUGCUGUUUCUUCGACUUCUGUGGAAAAUACCAGAGACGCCAGUGUAAGAAGUCUCAGUAUAAGGAAUACAUCGACUUCAUCGCUGAGGUCAGCCAAGUCUGUGGCUUCAACACUGACGAAGACUGUUUGAGAAUACCUUCUACUAAACGGGUGUGUCUUUUAGGAAAGUCAAGAAACUAUCAGUUAUCUGACGAACCUGAGGUAGAGCAACAAAGGGCUCAUUACAUCCACAGCCGCUGCACUGCUCCCGGGGUCACAGUUCAGAGGUCAGACGUCAGUAAUGACGAGGACUGUUGCAAUGGGAACGGAAGCUGUAACGGCACCCCCGGGAGCUCCUGGGGAGCCGGGUUCCAGCCGCGAGAUCGCGUCGAAACGGUGCGAAAUUGUGCUGCUCUCCCGCGGGACGUUGUUGAUGGUGUUGUUCUGCGGGUUGCUAAUGCUCUUCUGGGAAUGACCGUGGGCGAUGGAGAAGGAUCCUGCCAUGACUGGAACCAAGGAGGGGUCACCACAACAAAUCACCAGCCUCCAACCUCUUCUGUCACCCCAACCCUCCGCAUGUCCUCCUUCUCCACAUUCAUGAAUCUUCUCUGUGGCCUCCCUCUAUUCCUCCUGCCUGGGCAGCUCCGUGUCCACUACCCCUCCUCUGCUCAUCAAGACAAAUAUCACCCUGAAAGCAGCCUUUCUGUGAGCGAGGUUGCGGGGCUGUUGGGGCAGGAAACCCUGCGGCUCCUGAAGAAAGAGUGCGGAGGUCUUCAGACGCUUCUGAGGAACAAUCAUCAAGUAUUUAGAGUUGAAGGAGGGCGUGUCUACAUAAGAGACUGGCGGGAGAGGAAGCCCUUCAGGGCGGAUGCCAAAAGGAAGCCCGUCGCCCCGGGUGCCCUGAAAACUCGCCUCUGCUGGUUUCAUGCUCAGCACCCUCAGGGCUGCCCCCUGCAGGCCGAAAACUGCGCCUUCGCCCACGGAGCAGACGAUCUCCGACCCUCGACGAGGCCGCUGAAGAAGAUAAAGAAUGACGCCUUUUGAUUGACUUGUUCGUCACGACUUUUCAUUGACUUUGUUUGGAUUUUUAAUUUGUGCAGAGCUCUGCACAUCGUUGUUUGAACUCUAGUUCCCAGCCCUGUAGCCUCAAAGAUAAGAUUCAGGUCCAAGCAACGAGUUUUAUUGAGGCAACGUUACAUCAUUUCUGGGAAUUGAAGCCUUGAAAUCUCACUGUCCUCUUUCUUCUUUGUAAGGCUGCCAACAUGCGAUGCUUCCUGGUGGGGCUUCACUGCUGGAGCUCUCUAAACCUCUGGGUUAUGUUGUCUUGUGAAAUUUAAUUUCAAAGCAUCCUGUCUCCUAUUUAUUUAACUGUUGGUCUUCUGUCGAGUUCAGGUAUACUUACUCACUAUAUAAAGCUGAUUUCAAGCUACGUCUUUGUAUUUUUAUUUAAAGAUUAUCAGCUCUGUGGUGGAUCUUCUCCUCGCCCACAGCAUAAAAAACUCUAAAAGCUCCUGUAAACUUUCAGUAUUUAGCUGCGUGCUUCACUUAGACAUUUCAUUCAGCUCAGACGUGUGCUUUGAGGUUCACAGACAGGGCGGGGGAGAAAGGCCGGACAGCAUUUGAACAAAGUAAAUGUUAGCAGUAUGAAUUAUUUGUUGGCAGGAGUCGAGGGCUGAGCUGCGUGUUGUCCCGUCUGGAUGGGCGCUCACUGCUGCGUCUUUCUAACAGCUUCCAUCACCCUGUGGCUCAAAUGUCAAAGACGGUAAGGCCCUCCGAGGGACUGCAGCCGAGCAGUGAGAAGAGCCUCCCUGGGGUUUGUUUUGUGUAUGUGACAGACAACAAUCAGACUGCUGAUACAAUAAAAACAUUGAUUAUACAAUCAGUGUGUGGCAACACUUAAUCAUAUUUUACCAGAUUGCCUAACAAUUUGCAAUUUGAAGCCUAAAUGUAUUCUGAGUGCUGUGUUUCUGCUGUUUGAAGCUAAAACAUAUACAUUUAGUUGGAGACUGUAACAAAUGUAACACAUACCAAAGGUCCUCAAACACCACUCAGCUAUAAAGAGAGACAGUUAUGUAUUGUGAAAGCGAACGCACCAUUAAUGCUGAACGUAACGCACUGACAUUCAGAAGUCUUUUUUCAGACACCAGGCAGUAAAAAGAAUAAAAUAAAAACACAGUAGAGGAAGCGAGACUGAAAAAUACUGGUUUCAAAACUACUUUUGUCGACUCAGAAACAUGACGACGUUUAAAGAUUUGACUAUAUACACAGUGGUGUGAAAAAGCGUUUACCCCUUCAUGAUUUCCUAUUUUUGUAUGUUUGUCACAAUUAAAUGUUUCAGAUUAUCAAACAAAUUUAAAUAUUAGACAAAGAUAACACAAGUAAACACAAAAUGCAGCUUCUAAAUGAAGAUGUUUAUUUUUAAGGGGAAAAAGUGUCCUGUGUGGAAAAAAAAAGACCUAAACCUAAUAACUGGUUGGGUCAACCUUAGCAAUCAAGGCUGCAAUCAAAUGUUUGCGAUAACUGGCAACGAGUCUUCUACAGCACUGUGUUGUAAUUCAGCCACAUUGGAGGGUUUUUCAGCAUGAACCGAAUUUUUAAGGUCAAGCCACAGAUAAUUUGUAUCUGUUUGAUGAUCUGAAACAUCUGUGCGUGCGUGCGUGUGUGUGUGUGUGUGUGUGUGUGUAGGGGGCAAAUGUUUUUUGCAGACAUAAAUGAGAAAAUCUUAUUUAUGUCUGCAACUGAAAAUGUCUUUGAGAAAAGCUUCCUUUGUAUUUUUGUACUUCACAAAAUAAGAUACAAUCUGCUUCUGAUACAUUUGUCUAACACAUAUAAAGAAAUCACCACUUUC